UACGUUUAUCACCCACAUGUCACGAUAUUGGAAGGUGAAAAACAAGCUUUGUAUUUAACCAAGACUGUUCUCUCGGACGAUGCUUUACCUGCUACUUUACCUACGCAAGAAUCAUUACAACCAAUCGCGAAAGAAUUGGAAGGUUUUAUUAAAGAUUGUGUCAUUCAAUCUCGUGUCUAUGGCUAUCAAGAAAAGAUUGCCACACGCGAAUAUCACAAUACCAGCUUAACUCAAAAUAUGCUAAGAGUUGUAGCCACACAAGCUCAUAAAUACCCUGAAUUGCUUGACCGAUCGUUUACAUUUAAACCUAAAAUUGCAGCCGAUUGGCGCAGAAGUCGACAUCAUAUCGCUGUAAGAGGACAUCCAGGCUUUUUAUUAUGCUCUUCUAAGCCGCUACAACUGUUCGCCUCCAAAAAUGAAAUAGAAUCCACUUUCAAUCAGCCGAUACAAGACGUAGCCCCUGUCUCACCUGUUAUCGAUAUGUCCCGAUAUCGAGUUCAAAAAGACCUUUCCUAUGGAUUUCAUCCUGGUAGCCCUUACCCCUAUCCUCAUACACUCUUCCUCGUCGAUCUGAAAGCCAAAUCGCGACCCACAUCGCAACUCCUAAGCCAUGCAAUCAUGUACAGUCAUGCUGUCUUGCGAGCUGUUGCUGUAAAUGAGUAUAAGAUAAGAACAGACCAAGAGUUAAUAGAUAAUCCAUUAGCUAUGAACACAAUUGUUACCAAUGGCAGGAUGUUUGCCUUUAUUUAUUAUCAGUUAAACACCCUAAACUUAGCAGAUAACGAAGGCAUAAAAAAUGUAGUAUGGAUUAAGCAUUCAUUACCAUUAUUUCAA